CCGCUGUUGUGAUUCAAGUAAAGAUUUGUAAUUCUAUUUCCAUCAAAUUAAUACAAGCGAAAAUAGCGUGAAAAGUUCCAUUUCAUCAUUAAAAUGAGCGAACAAGACAUUAGUAUUGUGAUUGAAGAACGCCAAAUAUUAACCAAGUACGAUUUCACGAAGAAGCUGGAAGAAUUCCGAAAAUUUUUGAUCGAAAAAAAGUACAUUAUAAUCGAUGCCGAUGACGAGGACACUUGGCGUUUCGCAAUAGUAGAAAAUGGCAAAGUAACUAGAACCGCUGACCUACACGAGGAACAAUAUAUUCCAGUCAGCGCAUAUAUCUACGGCACUAACAAGAUACUCGUGGGCAAUCUCAAGAAAAAUCUUGAUGUGUUCGCGGACACAAUUCGUCAAUCCUUCAGGUUCGAUGUUAGUCAUAAUCUUGCUGACUUACGUAAUCUUUUGAUCGAAAAGAAAUUCAUCCACGCUGAUACGGAGACAAGUUCAUGGCGAUUCGUGUCUCCAAGUGCAAAAGACUUAAAAGAUAUAACUGAGGCAAUAAUUGGACUACAAGCUGAAGAUCAGAUGGUGGUCGAUAAAUUUCUUUACGGCAGUAGUAAAGUGCGUAUGGCAGACAUUAUACGCAAGAAGCAUCCCGACCUAAUUGGUGUUGGUGCCGAUUCUUUUGAAAAUGGAGAUAUUAUAGUUACAAUCAUACGGAAUAAUGGACUUUCGUCAGAUAAAAUUGUGCCAAUAUUGAUGACAAAUGUAAGACCGGCCAACAAACUUGGUGUAGCUACGGACUUUCAAAAUGUUGUUCUGUGUGAAAAGGAAACCGCAAUAGGUAUCCGCAUUUACACUAAAACCCAUGGAGGGUUUGGCUACAGUAUAAAAUUGGAAAAAGGAGAGGACAUUGUAACUAAGAGCCUCAUGCCACAUACAGGAUGGACGACACAGACGUAUGGUUAUUCGAGACAUGCCAUUGUAGUUACGUCGGCUGAAGACUUGGGCAUUCCAACCCAAGAAGCAAUCGGAUAUCGUCGUGUAUAUGUCAAAGUUUGGAAAUACAUUUCAUAUAGAGAUAAAAAUGGUGUACACCAAGUCUCCGAUAACGCGCCGAAACCAAAAUCGAUGUCGAUUCUAAGUGGCGGCAUUGAUGUUGUUGGUGGCGAUGAUAUACAGAGUGGUGGAUUUAAAGAAGGUGACGAUACAGACAAUCACAUGGGUAGUAAUUGGGUAUCUGAUCAAGUGGAUAAUGAAAAUGAAGUGUUAGGUGUAUUUAACAUUGACUUCUUUGUAUUUAAAACGGCGCAAGCUGCACAGAAUAUGGUUGAAUCGAGAAUUAAUCCAGAGUACGACUAAGGCAGAGUUCCCGAGCAAAAAAAAUCGACGAAAAACUAUAUGAAAGUAUAUGACUAUUUCCUUGUAAACUGUGAAGUAUUUGGAUACCCUUUUUUCGAUUUUUUCCCAUACAAAACCAGUAUAUGGAAGUAUAUGAAAAUUCAGUGUACCGUCAUGCACUUUCAUAUGCUUAUUUAGCAUAUCACCCCGUAUACUUUUAUAUACUCAUGACGCUCUGGUGACAUUUGUGAGAAAGUUGAAAUUUUCCACAAAACUUGCUUCCAAUGAACUAUGACAUUUUCAGUUUUGAUUACCCAUCUUCGGCUAGUCACAAUCUUUGUUGACUUUAAAGAAUGAGAAAAUUAAUGAAACCAAGUUUUUCUUAUCAGUUUUUAACAUUUUUCUGUUAAUAUCCGUUGUCGUCAGAGAAUCCCUAAUACCUAACGAGACAAAGCCCUAUACAUAUUCCUAACAAGAGACCCUACAGAUACGCCUAACAAGAAAAACGACAACGGAAUUAACAGUAUAAUAUGAACUGAUA